GAGUCGCUGUGCUGGGAGAGUGGAGGUUAAUGAUGGAGGACAGUGGAAAGCAGUUUGUAUUUUAGAGUGGGAUAUGACUGAUGCUGCAGUGGUGUGUAAAGAGCUGGGCUGUAUGAACGCUCUACGCAUUGUGAGUUUUGGAUCAGUAUCAGGAUCAGUGAUGAAGGGAUUUGCAAACUGUAGAGGAUCAGAGUCUUCACUGAAGAACUGUUUUGCUAAUAGACAUAUUCAAUAUUGUACUACACCAGUUGCUGGAGUCGACUGUUCAGGUGACAAACCAAGACUCACUGGUGGUCCUCAUGAAUGUUCUGGACGACUAGAAGUACCUAAAGACAAUAAAUGGCACACAGUGUGUGAUGCUGACUUUGACGAGCAGGAUGCAAAGGUUGUGUGUCGAGAGCUGGGCUGUGGGCUUCCUGUGGAGGUGCUGGGAGCAGCUGCUUUUGGCAGAGGGGAGGGUCAGGUGUGGUCUGAGGAGUUUCAAUGUGAAGGGAAUGAAUCUCAUCUUUACUCCUGUACAAAAAAAUCCACAAGCAAAAAUAUCUGCACCCAUGACUACGACGUGGGACUAACAUGCACUGGUCACACUCAGGCUCGACUGGUGAGUGGCUCUGACUCUUCUAACUGUUCUGGUAGAGUGGAGCUCCAGUACCUCAGUGAAUGGGGCUCAGUGUGUGAUGUAAGCUGGGAUAUGAGAGCUGCCAGUGUCCUCUGUGGUCAGCUGAAGUGUGGGAGUGCUGUGGCUGUGUUGGGGUCAGACUGGUUUGGGGAGGGGAGUGGCCAGAUCUGGGCUGAUGUGUUUGAUUGUCAGGGGAACGAAACUCACCUGUCAAAAUGUCCCAUUUCAUCAUGGAGUCGAACUGCAUGCUCUCAUAAACAAGACGCUGGAGUCAUCUGCAGUGGUUCUUCUCUGGCAUUUCAGGAGGGGCGAGUGAGGUUGUCUGGAGGGAUGGAGUGUGAGGGGGAGGUGGAGGUUUACUUCAGGCAGGACUGGAGGAGAGUUCUGCUGGACUCCUGGAGUGAGUCUGAGGCCUCUGUGGUCUGCAGACAGCUGGGCUGUGGCUCUGUGAUCAGCUUCUCCAGAUCCUCUACAUCCCGUCCUGAACACAGUCACAUGUGUGUCAUGGGUUUCAAUUGUUCUGGGAGUGAAGCUCAUCUGGGGAACUGCAGUAGCGCACAAGCGGUCAACUGCAGCUCCAGAGAACAGCUCUCAGUCACCUGCUCUGGUAACUUUAAUCCAGCUCUCAGCUCCAUCAGGCUGGUUGGUUCUGGGGGAGACUGUGCAGGAAGGCUGGAGGUUUUCCACAGUGGCUCGUGGGGGACAGUGAGUGAUGACUUGUGGGAGAUUAAGGAUGCGCAGGUGGUGUGCAGACAGCUGCAGUGUGGAGUGGCCCUCAGUGCUCCGGUACCAGCCCGGUUUGGACCUGGAACUGGAUCCAUAUGGCUGGUGGAGUGUGAAGGGAGUGAGACGUCCCUGUUGAACUGCAGAUUUCAGCUGUCUGGAGAGGAUGAUUGUGAACACAGGAAGGAUGUAGGAGUCGUCUGCUCAGAGUUUAAAGAGUUCAGACUCACUGAGGGCUGUGAGGGGAAUCUGGAAGUGUUCUACAAUGGAACCUGGGGUAAUGUGUGUGUAAAUGGGAUGGAUGAAGAAACAACAAGUUUGAUCUGUCAGGAGCUGAACUGUGGGAGAACUGGCAGUGAGAAUCAAGACAAAGCAAGAGUGGAAUCAACUCCUAACUGGCUGAAUGAUCUGAAAUGUAGGAAACAUGACUCCACUCUGUGGCAAUGUCCAUCUUCACCCUGGGGAAAUUAUAAGUGCAAUGAUGUGGCUAAAAUUACCUGUUCAGCAAAGGAAAAUCAUUCUGUGCAGCGAAGUCAUCUGAAAUGCUCCUCGUCAUCUCCCCAUCAGAGACAGUGCUCAAAGCACCUGCCUCUCAAGCUGAAGGGAGGAAAUGGAAGCUGCUCUGGGAGGUUGGAGGUGUUUUAUAACACUGAGUGGGGGUCCAUCUGUGAUGAUCUGUGGGACAUCAGGGAUGCUCAGGUUGUCUGCAGGCAGCUGGGCUGUGGGCCGGCGCUGAGUGCUGAUAGGAAUGCUGUCUUUGGUGCUGGUAAAGGGCCUAUCUGGCUGAACAGAGUGAAGUGUAGAGGGAAUGAGAUUCACCUGUGGGACUGUCCUCAUUCCCUCAAGAAACACACUGAGUGCUCCCACAGGCAGGAUGCUGGAGUCACCUGUAAAGAUAUAUCAGUGCCUACUACUACUACACCCAUAACACCAACCAUCACCUUCACCACUACAGUUGAUCAGACACUGAAGAGAACAACCACUCCUCCACAAACUCUUUCAGCAUCCAUUUAUUCGGUGUCUCUCCUAGUUUUGGGAGCAGUGCUCUUCCUGGCCUUAGUGCUUCUGGUUGUGCUGUUUUACCAGAACAGAGUGCUCAGGAGAGUGCUCUCUAGGAGGAGGCGUAAGACUCUGACUGAGGCAGUCUAUGAGGAGAUCGACCGCAGAUACAUUACUAAAAAAAAUGACUCAACUCGAAGAGGAAAUGUCCUCUCUGAAGAGCAGCAUUCAGGAUAUGAGGAUGUGGAUGAGGAGCUUCUCUCAGGAAGUGUCCUCUCUGAAGAGCAGCAUUCAGGAUAUGAGGAUGUGGAUGAGGAGCUUCUCUCAGGGGAAUCAGCAAAAGAGUACGAAGCAGAGAGCUAUGAUGAUGUCAUCACUGCUGGACAGAUCUCUGAUAGUGUAGCAGAGGACGUAGCAGAGAAUUAUGAUGAUGUCAUCACUGCUGAUCAGAGCUCAGCUGUUGUAACAGAAGACAUGACAGAUAACUAUGAUGAUGCUGUUACCGCUGGACCAAACUCCAACAUUAUGACAGUGGACACACUAGAGAAUUAUGAUGAUGUCAUCACUGCAGGACAGGACGUAGGAGAGGUAAAAGUCAGUGUGAGGUUGGUGGAUGGUGGCAGUCGAUGUGCUGGGAGAGUGGAGGUUCUUCAUAGAGGACAGUGGGGAAAAGUGUGUGAUGAUUACUGGGAUAUGAGAGAUGCUGCAGUGGUGUGUAGAGAGCUGGGCUGUGGAGAGUCUGUAACUGCACUGGGUAGAGCUCACUUUGGACCAGGAUCAGGACCAAUGUGGCUGGAUGAUGUGAAUUGUAAUGGAUCAGAGUCUACAUUGAAUAACUGCAAAUUAAAAGAUUGGGGUGAACAUAACUGUGAAAAUACCGAAGUUGCUGGAGUCAUUUGUUCAGUUAAUUCAUUUCUAUUCUGGCAUGUUAAUAUUUCAGGAAGAAUCAGGCUGGUUGGUGGUUCUCGCUGCUCUGGGAGAGUGGAGGUGCUUCAUGGAGAGACCUGGUCCACAGUGUGUGAUGCUGACUUUGACCAGCAGGAUGCAGAGGUUGUGUGUCGAGAGCUGGGCUGUGGGCUUCCUGUGGAGGUGCUGGGAGCAGCUGUUUUUGGCAGAGGGGAGGGUCAGAAAUGCAGUGUGAGGUUGGUGGAUGGUGGCAGUCGCUGUGCUGGGAGAGUGGAGGUUCUUCAUAGUGGACAGUGGGGAACAGUGUGUGGUGAUGGCUGGGAUAUGAAACAUGCUGCAGUGGUGUGUAGAGAGCUGGGCUGUGGCAAGGCUGUAGAUGCACUGAGCGAUGCCCACUUUGGACCAGGAUCAGGACCAAUCUGGAUGAGUAAAGUUGGCUGUGGUGGAUCAGAGUCCACACUGAAGAAUUGUAGAUCAGCAAGAUGGGGUAAACAUAACUGUGAUCAUUCUAAAGAUGCUGGAGUUGUCUGUUCAGGAGUCAGGCUGGUUGGUGGUUCUCGCUGCUCUGGGAGAGUGGAGGUGCUUCAUGGAGAGACCUGGUCCACAGUGUGUGAUGCUGACUUUGACCAGCAGGAUGCAGAGGUUGUGUGUCGAGAGCUGCGCUGUGGGCUUCCUGUGGAGGUGCUGGGAGCAGCUGCUUUUGACAGAGGGGAGGGUCAGGUGUGGUCAGAGGAGCUUCAGUGUAGAGGCAACGAAUCUCAGAUUCACUUCUGUCCAUCAUCUUCACUCAAACACAACUGCUCCCAUGACAGUGAUGUGGGUCUGGUGUGUGCUGGUAAGAGGGCCAUGCUGGUGGAUGGUGGCAGUCGCUGUGCUGGGAGAGUGGAGGUUCUUCAUAGAGGACAGUGGGGAACAGUUUGUGGUGAUUACUGGGAUAUGAGUGAUGUUGCAGUGGUGUGUAGAGAGCUGCGCUGUGGAGAGGCUGUAGCUGCACUGAGUGAUGCUCAUUUUGGACCAGGAUCAGGACAAAUCUGGAUGAAUGAAGUGGACUGUAGUGGAUCAGAGUCUACACUGAAGAACUGUAAAUCACGGGGAUGGGGUAAACAUAACUGUGAUCAUGGUGAAGACGCUGGAGUCAUCUGCUCAGGUCACAGAAUGUCCAGACUUGCUGAUGGAUUCCACCUGUGCUCUGGGAGAGUGGAGGUGCGUCAUGGAGAGACCUGGUCCACAGUGUGUGAUGCUGACUUUGACCAGCAGGAUGCAGAGUUUGUGUGUCGAGAGCUGGGCUGUGGGCUUCCUGUGGAGGUGCUGGGAGCAGCUGCUUUUGGCAGAGGGGAGGGUCAGGAGUGGUCAGAGGAGUUUCAGUGUAGAGGCAAUGAAACUCAGAUUUAUUUCUGUCCAACAUCAUCUUCACUCAAACACAACUGCUCCCAUGACAGAGAAGUGGGCCUGGUGUGUUCAGGUCACACUCAGGCUCGGCUGGUGAGCGGCUCUGACUCCUGUUCUGGUCGAGUGGAGCUCCAGUACCUCAGUGAAUGGGGCACAGUGUGUGAUGUAAGCUGGGAUAUGAGAGCUGCCAGUGUCCUCUGUGGUCAGCUGAAGUGUGGGAGUGCUGUGGCUGUGUUGGGGUCAGACUGGUUUGGGGAGGGGAGUGGCCAGAUCUGGGCGGAUGUGUUUGACUGUCAGGGGAACGAAACACACCUGUCAAAAUGUCCCAUUUCAUCAUGGAGUCGAACUGCAUGCUCGCAUAAACAGGAUGCUGGAGUCAUCUGCAGUGGUUCCUCUCUCGUGUCUCAUGAAGGGAGAGUGAGGUUGUAUGGAGGGAUGGAGUGUGAGGGGGAGGGGAGUGAGACGUCUCUGUGGAACUGCAGGUUUCAGCUGUGUGAAAAGGAUGAAUGUGCACACAAGGAUGAUGUAGGAAUCAUGUGCUCAGAGUAUAAAGAGUUCAGACUCACUGAGGGCUGUGAGGGUAAUCUAGAAGUGUUCUACAAUGGAACCUGGGGCAAUGUGUGUGUAAAUGGGAUGGAUGAAGAAACAGCAAGUUUGAUCUGUCAGGAGCUGAACUGUGGAAGAUCUGGCAGUGAGAGGGCUACCAAAGCAAGAGUGGAAUCAGCUCCUAACUGGCUGGACAAUCUGAAAUGUAGGAGUCAUGACUCCUAUUUGUGGCACUGUCCAUCCUCACCCUGGAGACAGAACUACUGUAAUAAAAACAACGAGGUGGCUAAAAUUACCUGCUCAGAAAAGAAAAAUGAUCGUGUGUUACGAAGUCAUCUGACAUGUUCUUCAUCUCCUCAUCACAGACAGUGCUCAAAUCACCUGCCUCUCAGGCUGAGAGGAGGAGAAGGAAGCUGCUCUGGGAUACUGGAGGUGUUUCAUAAUGCUGACUGGGGGUCUGUCUGUGAUGAUCUGUGGGACAUCAGGGAUGCUCAGGUGGUCUGCAGGCAGCUGGGCUGUGGGCCGGCACUGAGUGCUGAUGGGAGUGCUGUCUUUGGUGCUGGUGAAGGGCCUAUCUGGCUGAACAGGGUGAAGUGUAGAGGAAAUGAGAUUCACCUGUGGGACUGUCCCCAUUCCCUGAAGAACCACACUGACUGCUCCCACAAGCAGGAUGCUGGAGUCACCUGUACAGACAAAUCUAUGCCUUCUACUACUACACCCAUAAUUACAACCACCACCAACACAGUUCGUCAGCCAGUUAAGACAAAAACCCCUCCUCUGCAAACUCCUCCACCAGCUGUUGCACCCAUCUAUCCAGUCUCUCUCCUGCUUCUGGGAGUGCUGCUCUUCCUGGCAUUAGUGCUUCUGGUUGUCCUGUUUUACCAGAACAGAGUGCUCAGGAGAGUGCUCUCUAGGAGGAGAAAUAAGACUCUGACUGAGGUAGUCUAUGAGGAGAUUGACCGUAGAUACAUCACUAAAGGAAAUAACUCCACUCAAAGGGGAAGUAUCCUCUCUGAAGCACAGCAUUCAGGAUAUGAGAAUGUGGAUGAGGAGCUUCUCACAGGAAGUAUCCCCUCUGAAGAACAGCAUUCAGGAUAUGAGGAUGUGGAUGAGGAGCUCCACUUGGGUGAAUCAGCAAAAGAGGACACAGCAGACAGCUAUGAUGAUGUCAUCACUGCUGGACAGAUCUCUGUUAGUGUAGCAGAGGGCUUAGCGCAGAUUUAUGAUGAUGUCAUCACUGCUGAUCAGAGCUCAGCUGCUGUAACAGAUGUCUAUGAUGAUGCUGUUACCAUGGGACCAAACUCCAGCAUUAUGGAAAUGGACACUCGAGAGAGCAAUGAGGAUAUCAUCACUAAUGAACAGGAUGAAGGGCUAAAAGAUUAUGAUGAUGUGGAGGACGAGCCUCAGACAGAGAUGAAUCAUGUGACUGAGAGACCACAGCCAGUGUCUUUCCUCGGGACAUUAUAUUCAAACCUCUUCGGACGCAAUAAAUGA